GUCCAACCUCCCUCCUCAGACCCUCAUCCUCCUCUCAUCCUCAUCAUCUUCUUAGGAUAGCCAUUAACAAAAGGCCCAUCCUUCCCCCUUCACUCCUCCGAGAAGCCAUCUCCUCUUGGUUCUCGUGUGUGCUGGGCACUCUCUUCCCCGACGACACUUGCCAUCGCCAUCUUCAACACAUAGAGAUCGUUUUGGACAACACCCAUCAACAUGUCGUCGUCCACCGCCGCGGGCAAGCAGGCCCAGGCCUUCCCUGAUGGCACCAAGGACUACAUUCCUCUUCGAUCCGGUGCCCCCAAGAGCAACGCCAACAAGGUCCACAUCUCCGACGUCCCCAUGACCUGGAAGAACAUUCACCAGCACAUCAACUGGCUCAACACCACUCUCGUUGUCAUCGUUCCCAUGAUUGGCUUCAUCUCGGCCUACUGGGUUCCUCUUCAACUCAAGACCGCCCUCUGGGCUGUCUUCUACUACGUUCACACUGGUCUCGGUAUUACUGCUGGUUACCACCGUCUGUGGUCUCACUCCGCUUACAAGGGCACUCUUCCCCUCAAGAUCUACCUCGCUGCCGUCGGCGCUGGCGCCGUCCAGGGCUCCAUCCGAUGGUGGUCGUAUGGUCACCGCGUGCACCACCGCUACACCGAUACCGACAAGGACCCCUACUCUGUCCGCAAGGGUCUCCUCUACUCCCACAUGGGCUGGAUGGUCUUCAAGCAGAACCCUAAGCGUCAGGGCCGAACCGACAUUACCGAUCUCAACGAGGACGCCGUCGUCGUCUGGCAGCACAAGAACUACAUCAAGUGCGUCCUCUUCAUGGCUCUCGGUUUCCCCAUGCUCGUUGCCGGUCUCGGCUGGGGUGACUGGUGGGGUGGCCUCGUCUAUGCUGGUAUCCUCCGUGUCUGCUUCGUCCAGCAGGCUACCUUCUGCGUCAACUCUCUCGCCCACUGGCUCGGUGAGCAGCCCUUUGACGACCGCAACUCUCCUCGUGACCACGUCAUCACCGCCAUCGUCACUCUCGGUGAGGGAUACCACAACUUCCACCACGAGUUCCCCUCGGACUACCGCAACGCCAUUGAGUGGUGGCAGUACGACCCUACCAAGUGGAGCAUCUGGAUGUGGAAGCAGCUCGGCCUUGCCUAUGAGCUGAAGCAGUUCCGCCAGAACGAGAUUGAGAAGGGCCGUGUCCAGCAGCUCCAGAAGAAGCUUGACCAGAAGCGUGCCACCCUCGACUGGGGUAUUCCCCUUGACCAGCUCCCUGUUGUCGACUGGGACGACUUCGUCGCCGACUCCAAGAACGGAAAGGGUCUCGUCGCCAUCGCCGGUGUCAUCCACGAUGUUACCGACUUCAUCAAGGACCACCCCGGUGGCCGCGCUCUCAUCAACUCGGCCAUUGGCAAGGAUGCCACCGCCAUCUUCAACGGUGGUGUCUACAACCACUCCAACGCCGCCCACAACCUUCUGUCCACCAUGCGUGUUGGUGUUCUCCGCGGUGGUUGCGAGGUUGAGGUCUGGAAGCGUGCUCAGUUCGAGAACAAGGAUGUCACCUACAUGAACGACUCUGCUGGCGCUCGCAUCAUCCGAGCCGGCAACCAGGUCACCAAGGUUAUCCAGCCUGCGGCCAGCGCCGACGCUGCCUAAGCGGGAUAGCUUUUUUACGACGAGGAUGAAUGGAAUAAUCGAGUAAUGUGCAAUCCUGAGGAGCAGGGGCAGCUUCAUGCCAAGGCAUGUCGUCGAGAGGAGGGUGUGGGGAGUAGUUGUCGCAGCCAGAUCACAUGCUUGGACGAUCUCACCCCCGCACCUUGUCCGUCUGCCCCUGAAGGAUACAAGCGCAGGGCACGUUGACGGAAAUCAUAAAAUCGACUCAUGAAGAAUGGCGUUGGGGGGUUUUCUUUUUGUUUCAAGACUAAGUACUUGAGCUCUAGCAGUAACAACAAGGCGCAAUAUGCCAAAUUGAGAAUGGGUAAAGAGAGAUGAAAAUCACCGACAAACAUCGUUUACCAUUGGACCUACAGAUGGGUCUUUGGUAUUAGACUACCCGAAAAUACAAAUCUACUGAAUACCAUGUAUGCUGUUCAAUG